AUGCCCUACGCCUGUCAGCAGGACCUGCAGGUUUUGUCUGCGGAGCCCUACGAAGAGGCCUACAACAAAGUUAUUGAGGAAAUGAUGGCUUUGCCGAAGAUAAAGAAUGGAAAAGCUACGGGACUCGAUGACAUACCAGUGGAAGUAUGGAAAGCUUUGGGAGAAGGAGUUGACAUCUUGCAUGGAUUGAUGAAAGAGAUACAGGAAAGGAAAGCAAUACCAGAAAAGUGGAGAGAAAGUACUUUGAUACCAAUCUUCAAAGAGAAAGGAGAUAUUCAAAGUUGCAAGAACUAUCGGGGUAUUAAGCUGAUGAAUCACACUUUGAAACUACUGGAAAAGAUUUUGGACUCGCGACUUAGACAAGUAGUGCGCAUUGGCCGACAGCAAAUUGGUUUUAUGAAAGGGAUCAGAACAGUUGACGGUAUCUUAUCUCCCAGGCAAACCAUGGAGAAAUACCAGGAGAAGCAAAGAGGGCUGCAUAUAGUUUUCAUCGACUUAGAGAAAACCUAUAACUGCAACGCCAAGAAGUCUGGAGAGGGGAUUGACACUUACCCACUGCUAUUAAAUAUAGUGUUUGAUUUCAUCACGGCAAAUAUAAGAGAAGAACCAUCAUGGAGCGUAUCGUAUGCUGAUGAUAUUGUGCCAGUGGCAGAAAGUAGAAGAGUGAUAGAAAGGAAACUAGAAGAAUGGAGGUUUGCUUUAGAAAGCAGAGGAAUGAGAAUAAGCAGGUCCAAGACAGAAUAUUUCACCACAGAUAUAGAUGGUGACAAACUAGCCACAAUAAAACUAGAUAGAGAGAACUUGAAAAGAAAAAGUGUCAGGAGCGUUGAUAGGAGAGUCCCAAUUAGACUCAAAAGUGGGGUACAUAAGGCCGUAGUCAGGCCAACCUUAACUUACGGCCUAGAAGCAGCACCACUGAAGAAGUUAGAAGGAAAGAAGUCGGACGUAGCUGAGAUGAAGAUGUUGAGAUGGAUGAUGCAGCAGCAGUAUCAGUCAAGUGUUCCUCCACUACUGCAGGAGAGUGUUGGUUUUCAAUCGCAGCAACGUAUAUGUACACAGGCAUGUAGCGCGUUGUCGACUACCAGGGAGUCAUACGUGAGCGAGGCGGCGUCAGAUCCUACGGUUGGAGGGAAGGUGUCGCGGUUCAAGGAACGGAACUCGGAUGAUUCCUUGGGUAUUUCGGGCACUUCCAGCCUAGGGCGUGGGGCACAGCUGUUGCCCGGCUACCCCCUCCAGCGCGUUUCUCUUAUCGCGAAGAAAGGUGCGGAGCCAAGGGAAAUCCCCUGCAUGCUGGUGUGUGCAGGACCUGGUGCUUAUAAUGAGCACCUCUUUCUGGAAGAAAUUCCUAGUUGGCAACUGUUGAGCUAA